AGUCCACGCUGCAGGGCAUUGCUACGAGGAGCACGUCGAGAGAACGGCUCAUGAGACGGGUCAUCGGGCCAGGGUGACAGACUUGCAAAAAUAACUGGACGUGUCAUCAUGUCGCUGAAGGCGGUGGGUGUGGCUGUGGUGCUGCUGCUCUGCACCCAGUGUCUGCAUGGCUCUGCUCUUCCUGCUGUAUCCUCCUAUGAGUUCACUGCCUACAGGAUGCAACAGUACAACCUGGCACAACGGAAGCAUGGUUGCCAUGGAGCCAUCGUGGUGGCGGAGGCACGGUCGGCCGAUGAACCAGUGCUGACCCGCCGUUGUGUCAUCAUGAAGGUGCCGGACUUCACUACCGAAAAAUAUCUGGAGGCCCAGAAGCAAAAUGCAGCGGCUAUCCUGAUUCUGGUGCCUAAAAAUACUUCCAGUAUCCCACUGGUCUCUGUGCAGUCCUUCAUGGUGAGUGAGAGGGAGACUCUGCAGACGGAGACGCUCAUGCCUGUGUAUGUCGUACCUGAAGAUGAGCAGCUGCUUUACAUGUAUGAGGAGGUCAAGCAGGCUGCAGCCUCCCGAACCUCAUCUAUAUUCAUCCGAGUUCUUCGAAGUAUGAUCACAGCGACAGCUUUUCAGAUCUUAGUGAGCAACAACGCCCCAAUCAAGGCCACGACUGACAUCUCUAUAGUCACUCUGGAGGGAGUGCUUCCAGGAGCAGGAGAAGAUGUGCCCACUAUUCUCAUCACUGCCCACUAUGAUUCCUAUGGGCUGACACCAUGGUUAUCGUACGGAGCCGACUCUAAUGGCAGUGGAGUUACCAUCCUGCUGGAGUUGAUGCGCCUCUUCCAGAAGCUUUACAGUAGUCCCAGGACCAGACCACAGUAUAAUUUAAUGUUCUCCUUGACUGGAAGUGGAAAAUACAACUUUCUUGGCACAAAGAGAUGGAUUGAGGAGAAUCUGGACCAUGCAGAGUCCAGUCUGCUUCAUGACAAUGUGGCGUUUGUUGUGUGUUUGGAUACACUGGCCAACGCUGAUGAGUUGUAUAUGCAUGUGUCCCGGCCUCCUAAAAAUGCAACCCCCAUGCAUUCUUUCAUCCAACAUUUGGAGGAGGUAGUUUCUUCCAGAUUUCCCUGGGUGAAGGUGGGUUUGGUCCAUAAAAAGAUCAAUCUUGUGGAGUCCACGGUAGCGUGGGAGCACGAGCGCUACAGUCUGCGCAGGAUCCCGGGUUUCACUCUUUCUCACCUGGAGGACCCCAAAUCUGAGCUGCGAGGGUCGAUACUCGACACGGUGUCACAAGUGGAUUUCAGGAAAAUGAAGCGCAAUGGCAUCAUCAUAGCAGAAGCACUGGCACAGUUUAUCUACAAUCUCUCUGACAAAGGUUCACCAAAAGAUGUGCAGGUUUUUAAGGGACAGAUGGACUUUCAGGACAGUCGUAUGUCAAGCCUGAUGUCCUUCCUAAUGUCAGUCCCCCGAGCAACCCAGCUGUUGGAUAGGGAGCCCGGUCACAUCCUGCUGGUCAGUUCACUGGAGCACGAAUUUAAACGCUACCUACAGCAAGUCCACAGACACGAUUUCCGCCAGGACAGACGGGACCCUGAUAUAACCUUUUUUGACCAAAUGGAGCAACCGGUAGUGAUGUACAGAGUGAAACCUGCAGCCUUUGAUCUCUUCCUCGGUGGCUGCAUUGCCGCUUAUUUGGGGAUUGUUUACUAUGCGAUCCAGAAUUUUGGAUGGGUCUACACAAAACUGAAGGCUGCAGUGAAAACCAAGCACCAGUGAAUCCGCUGAGAAUAAGAAUCCUGGGAAUAACAACUGCUUUCUGACGUCCGCACUGCACAUGUUGGAAUUUCCCCCCAUCACUUCCAGUCAGAAAAACAAUGCAAGACAAGCCUCGGACUGAUCACAUGCAUAUGUAUGCAGCACAAGUGUGAAAUGUACAUUUGCUUUAAAAUAUUUAUUGUUUUAAAGAUUUUUAUUUAUACCCUUUGUUGCACAUAAAUCCACAACAACGAGCAUCAUUUUUAUAGGAAUGUGAA